AUGCAUUAUUUGUCUCCCAAAAUGGUUUGUGAGACUAAGAUAGUGGCAGAAGAUCAUGAAUCGUUGUCGGGACCCAAAAAGGAGACAAUCAUCGUGUCUUCCUCUCAGAUGUGGCCCUCGUUAGCAGGCGCGCCUCCGGCUCCCCCGGCUUCCCCGGACGCCCCCCCGGUGAAGGAAGGGGACAAGAGCGAGGGCGUCUGCAUCAGGGCAUUUCACCCUUCCGAGCAAGAAGUGGCGCGACGCAUAUUUUAUGAGGGCAUCAUGGAAAGAAUCCCCAAUACAGCCUUCAGGGGGUUAAAAGACCAGCCCUUGACGCAGCUCACUUACGGGACAAUGGCUGUAAUAUGCUUUGUUGUGACCAAGUCCUUGCUGCUGACCUGCUGUUUACCCAUCUUUCUAAUGGGUAUGAGGUACUACUUCAGUAGAAAAGUUAUCCUCAACUAUCUCGAGUGCGCACUGAAUACGGACAUGUCUGAUAUUGAGCAAUAUUACAUGAAAUCACCAGGUUCCUGCUUCUGGGUUGCAGUGCUGAAUGGCAAUGUCGUGGGCAUCGUAGCAGCAAGAGGCAAUGAGGAAGACAACACAGUGGAGCUUCAUCGCAUGUCUGUCGACUCCAAGUACCGUGGUAAAGGAAUUGCCAAAGCUCUGGGCCGCAAGGUGCUGGAGUUUGCCAUGGUCAAUAACUAUUCAUCUGUUGUUCUGGGAACCACGGCAGUGAAGGUGGCAGCCCACAAAUUGUAUGAGUCUUUAGGAUUCAAGCAUGUGGGUGUUGUUGAACACUACACUCUGCCUGGGAUGACGCAUUCUAUUCUAGAGCGAAUGUUUUUCCAGCUUCGCUAUCACCGCUACUGCCUGCAGCUGCGUGAAGAAUAAAAAAGCCCCCAAUUAAUUUUGUUCCUCCCCAAAAUCUUCCUUGCUAGUGUUUUGUGGGAGUUUUUGCCAUUGUUUAUUUGCAGAUUUCAUUUUAUUUUUGUGCUUCUUCAUUUCAUUUUGUUCAUUUGCUUUGUACAGAUUCCUUGUACAAAUGAAGGGUCCUUCCUUUCUGACAUGCUUGUAGAGUGAUGGUGCUACGCUGGAGGUGCUGCUGGCUGUCCUUGAGGCAUUCAUUUGUUCAGCGGCCAAGGAGGUCAAGAUGGCCGCACACCU